GCCAUGGCGAGGAGGCUCUUCGCGGGGGCCUGGUUCAGGAAGCCCUACUACGGCCAGGUUCGCUUCUCAUAUAUGCGGAUGAAGUGUCUCUUCUUCUCUUGGCUAGGAGUAUUUAUUGGCAGCUGGAUUUUUUAUGUUCAGUACUCAUCUUACAAAGAACUCUGCAGAGGACAUGACUGCAAGAAAAUAAUAUGUGAUAAAUACAAGACAGGAGUUAUUGAUGGAUCAGCAUGUAGCAGCCUAUGUACACGACAAACUCUUUAUUUUGGAAAAUGUUUGUCAAGCAAACCCAGCAAUCAGAUGUAUUUAGGAACAUGGGCUAAUCUACAAGGCGUUAUAAAAUGCCAGAUGGAAGAAAAUGUUCACAUUGAUCUCAGAACUGAACUAGAACCAAGGAAGGAAACUAUUCUUUUUGAUAAACCAACAAGAGGAACGACUGUUCAGAAAUUUAAGGAGAUGGUGUAUGGCCUUUUUAAAGCAAAACUAGGUGAGCAGGGGAACCUUCCCGAGCUGGUCAAUCUCAUCUUGUCUGUUGCGGAUGGGAAUAAAGAUGGCCGAGUUUCCUUGCCAGAAGCAAAGUCAGCAUGGGCCCUCCUCCAGCUAAAUGAAUUUCUGCUCAUGGUAAUUCUCCAGGAUAAAGAACAUACUCCCAAAUUGUUGGGCUUUUGUGGGGAUCUUUAUGUGAUGGAAAAAGUUGAAUAUACCUCUCUUUUUGGAAUAAGCCUUCCAUGGAUCAUAGAACUCUUCAUUCCAUCUGGUUUCAGAAGAAGCAUUGAUCAGUGGUUUACUCCAUCAUGGCCUAGAAAGGCAAAAAUAGCCAUAGGGCUUCUAGAAUUUGUUGAAGACAUUUUCCAUGGACCAUAUGGAAAUUUUCUUAUGUGUGAUACGAGUGCCAAAAACCUAGGUUACAAUGAUAAAUAUGACCUAAAAAUGGUGGAUAUGAGAAAAAUUGUGCCAGAAAUGAACUUGAAAGAACUAAUUAAAGAUCGUCACUGUGAGUCUGACCUGGACUGUGUGUAUGGAUCAGACUGUAGAACUGUAUGUGACCAAAGUAAAAUGAAAUGCACCACAGAAAUAAUUCAGCCAAACUUAGCAAAGGUGUGCCAGUUGGUCAAAGACUACCUGCUCCGUGGAGCUCCUCUGGAAAUACAUGAAGAAUUAGAGAAACAACUUUACUCAUGCAUUGCCCUGAAAGUUUCAGCAAACCAGAUGGAGAUGGAACAUUCCUUAAUACUGAACAACCUGAAAACUCUACUGUGGAAGAAAAUAUCUCAUACAAAUGAUUCUUAAUGUCUUUGUCUCAGAAGAAAGCAUAGUUGCUGCUGUAGGAGCUGACCACUUCUUCUCCGAUAUAGCAUCAACAUUUUAAAAUAUUAUUUAGCCUCAUUUCUUUCAUCAGUGCUCCUUCAAACACUGCCACUACAGUGAUUUUUUUCCAGUUGGAAAAUGUUGUAUGUUCUCUAAGUAUCUGCCUGGCAGAGACUACUGAAGCCCAUGAGGCUCUAACACUCCCAUUUGGGAAGAAUACAGGUUCCUUUUUCUCCUUCUGCCCUUACUCAAGUUAAGAUCCUUUAAGAAGGGAGUUUUCUUGAUAGUGUUCACUGUAUUUUCAUAGAUACUUUCUUUUUGGGCCAAACUUUAACAUUCAGAAAAAGCACCUUGUACAGUUUCAAGAAAUCUGUCCUAUUUCUGAAUGUGUGAGAUCACAUUUGAUUACUUAGUCACUUCAGAAACUCACUGCAUGUGAAACAUGUAGCAUUUCAGACUGUAGCUUAACUUCCCUGAUAUGUUAAUUUUUUGAAGUCAAGGAGUUUUUGACAUAAAGGAAUAUGGAAAUGAGACUCCAGUUUGCAAGCUGAAAGCAAGCAUAAAUAAUGCUAUGUCUCUUCUUUCCCCAUCCCUGCAUCUUUCUCCUCCUUUUCUUUUACAUCUCAAAAAAAUACAAAAUGGUCAUGGUACUUGAAAAAAAUGGAAGUCUUUUUUUUUUUUUUUUUAAUUAAAAGUAACUUUACAAGUAUUGGCCUGAAGACCCACCACUACUAUAAAAGAACAUGGUAGAAUGAAUCCAAGCAACUAUUUAUAAAUAAAAUGAAUAUUUUUGAGGUUAUUUACUAAUUUUAACAUGGCAGAAUUUGCACAUUAGUGAUUUUUCAGAAAGAAAAUUAGUGUGACGGUUAAAAAUGUUUUAAACUGGAAAUUUUUGGAACCAGAACCUUUUUGUUAGAUUUUUACAUUUGUAUACACAUUUACCUCAUGCGUACAUUGAAUGUUACUAAGUUUGCUGAAGAUUCUUUGUUAAAAGUAGAUAUUGUACCAUGCUAGCAGUUGAGAAUUUAAAGACAGCGUGUUGCACAUGCAAACAUACUGUUGCAGCAAUAUUUAAAGUCACUAUAGUAAACUGAUCAAUUACAGUCAUCAUCUAGGUUGUAAUAUAAGCAAAUUUAUAGCAAAGAAUUAAGUAUUAUGCAAUGUGAAGGCAAGAAGUUGGGGGAUACUUAAGCUAACUUUUCUACAUUGGAUGUAAAAUUCAUAAUUUUAAUGUAAUUAAUCUAGUAAAAAUUGUUGCUUCAUUAACAUAUUUCAAACCAUAGGGCAAAGGUAUGCUCAUCCAAUAGUUCAACUCUUUGCAUGUUUUCUCUGCAGUAAUUUCAUUACAAUCCAGUAGGAAUAACUUCCAAGUAAGUGUGGGUGUAGAAUUCUAUUGAAUUUCACAAGGAGUUGAGCAUUGAUAUCAAAGGAAAUCUUUUUGACUGGAUCUUGCCCAGUGUCAGGACUGGCUCCUUCACAACAUCAACAACUAAACGCAUGUUAAAGAAACAGCAAACUUUUUAAUUACAGCAGGUUACAGGCACUUCACUGGAGUCCAUGGGUCAGAGUUCUUUGUGAUCCCAUGUUCAAAUUAAUUCAGAUAAUUUCAACUGGAGCCAGAAAUAGCCUCUUGCAAUUCCAGCAAAAUAAUCUAAUAUUUGGGUACUAAAGAAUGGGAUUCAAAGAAUGCAAUAGUUCAGGGUUUAAGAGUAGUCCAGCAAAGGAAUGUCUGGAAUUAGUGGCAUUCUACCCAUAAACCUCAUUUGCCUGUGUGCCAGCUUUUAUACUCGGGGCAACUAACAUUCCUCACUUGCAUCCAUAUUAAAAAUUCAGCUUUGAGCCAAGAACUCUGCCAAACUGGUUGACUUUCUUGUCAUCUUUUCAGGAGGCACUGUUGUCUGGGAGACAUCCUUGGGCAUGCACCUUUUGCCAGUUCUGCCUGUCUGGCCUCUUUUCAAAUAAUGUUUCUCAAACUGGUGUGUCUUGCCUUUUUUUUCCAGGCUAGAUCUGAUGUAGGGCAGGAGGAGCAGGCAGAGAAACCAGGCAGAGAUAAAUUCCCAGCAAUCUAAAAUCUAAAACUUGACUAGGACCUAAAUAAGAUCCCUCUAUUUCUAAAUUAGACUCUUCCUUUGAGACAGUGACACUGGGGAAGGCAUGGCAUCCAGCCACAUCCAUAAACCAAUUAUUGAAUUCAAGCCACUUCAUCCAAAAGUCAAAUUAAUUAAUAAUUCUAGUCUGUGGAUCAAGCAUUUUAUGUGCCAUUUGAAAAUCUAGAUAUUAUUCACAAGUUGGUUUUGGAAUAUUACAGUGUUGACCCUUGUUCUAGGACUGUGUGGCAUGUUGACUUUUGAAGCAGGAUUUGCCUUAAACUUACAAAAUGGAAAAAUAAAGCAAGACAAUGGUAAGGUAUGUGGUUUGAGAGCGCCCUCCCUGGUUUGGUUUUUAGAACUGUUGUGGUACAUUGGAAUAUUAAAUUUGCAUAUUGCCCUGAGCUGUGGGUGUAGUCUCCAUUCUGAACACAUAAGGCAACUCUGAUCACAAAUGGGUAGUCUUUGAUCUCCUUUGGUUCCUACCUGUUGAUAUUACACAAGUCAGUGCAUCAGCCAGUUCCCUAUCUGCUGAAAUGACACUUGUAGUUGGGAGAACCCUUGUGAGGCACUUGUACACAUUAUUCAUGUUAGGGUUAAUGUAUUCCCUGUAUUUUUCCUCUAGCAAGGAACUCAAGGUGACUUACAUAGUUCAUUUUUAUCCUCACAACAGAACCCUGUGAGGUAGGUUGGACUGAGAAUGAAUGACUGGCCCACAGUUGCCCUAGGGAACUGGAACCUGACUCUCUCACAUCAUCAGUAAGUCCAUCACUUCCAACCACCAAGCCCCACUGGCUCUCUCACAUUACUCUUGAUGUUAACUCGCUGUUUCCACUGUUCAUUUGAUUCAUUGCACUUCUGUCACAAGAGGGAGAAGUUGAUGAAUAAAAGCCCUUUAUUUUAAAGUUUUGUUUUAAAAGGUUUUUGAUCUGGACUUUUAGUAUCUGACAUGCUUUUUGUCAAUAAAAUGUGUUUUGCCAUAACACAUGCACUUACAAAGCAAAACUAUUUUUGUUUGUUGUAGUUUGUGAAGUGUUAAUAAUUUGCUCUAGGAUUUUGCGCAUUUUUGCCUUGUGUAAAUAUUUUUACUAAUAAUACUCUUGCACAAUGUCCUCUUUUUUAAAAAUUGAGUGAGAUCCUCUUUAAGAGGUAACAUUUAAUAUUUUCAACCACUAAACAAUCCUGUAUCUUACUAGGCAUACCCAUGCUGGGUAAACCUGAAUGUCAAUAUUACUACAGUCAUUGCUUAGUGGAAAAAGUUAUUGAGCCAAAUAUUUCUAGAUAUUUGAAAUAAUUUUGGAAUAACUUGUUAGCAAUGCAGUUUGUACUGUAUUUCAUUUUGAUUGCUGGUACACCAUCUUCAGGAGUUUUCAUUUUGAAUAUGAACUGUUUACAAUAAACUGGAACUAUUUCCCCUUU